CCUGAAUGGCGCAGCAGAAUCACAGUGCGGUGACGGAAUUCAUCCUCCUGGGAUUCCCGGGGAGUCCGUAUUUGCAGAUCUUCCUCUUUGUGCUCUUCCUCUUGAUGUACAUUGUGACGUUCCUGGGAAACAUGGCCAUUAUUAUCUUAGUGGUGACGUACUGCCGCCUCCACACGCCAAUGUACUUUUUCCUCGUCAAUCUCUCCUUCCUGGAGAUCUGGUUCACCACCGCCUCUGCUCCAAAAGCCCUGGAUAUCUUUCUGGGGAAAAGCAAAACCAUCUCCUUUACUGGCUGUCUCCUACAGAUAUACUUCACGUUCUCCUUGGCCACCACGGAAUAUUUCCUCCUGUCCGUCAUGGCCUACGAUCGUUAUCUGGCCAUAUGUUACCCAUUGCGUUAUAGCACCAUUAUGAACAGCUCCUUGUCAAUUCAACUGGCAGUUGGCUCUUGGGUGUCUGGCUUCCUGCUUAUUGCUCUUCUGGUCUCUCUAAUAUCCCAGUUGUCCUUCUGUGGCCCUAAUGUCAUCGAUCACUUCCAUUGUGAGAUGGAUUCCUUGAUUGUCCUCUCUUGCACGGACAUAUCCAUCAUCGAGAUGUUGGGUUUGACCAUCUCGGUCAUUGUCAUUCUGGGCUCGUGUGUGAUAACCUUCCUUUCCUACAUCUACAUUAUCUCCACUGUCCUGAGAAUCCCUUCUAGGAAAGGCCGGCAAAAGGCAUUCUCCACUUGCUCGUCCCAUCUGGCCGUCGUCCUCCUCUGGUAUGUAUCCACCAUUUUACUCUUUGUCAAGCCUUCUGCGCGGCACUCUUUGGAGCUGACCAAGACAGUCAACAUCAUCAACACCAUUGUCACGCCGCUUCUGAACCCUUUCAUCUAUGCUCUGAGAAACAAAGAGAUGAAAGAAGCCAUGCAGAACAUACUGCGUGGGAGGUGA